AUGACCCCCAAAACCGAUGUCGACUCCGACAGUGGCUAUGGGCUUUACAAGCACUACCGGACGGGGACCGAUCUAAACUCGGCGUCUGCGGUGGCCUUGAGUCCCGACUUGGCUGAAGAACUUGCUGAGCUCUAUUUUCAGAAUAAUCAGGCCGGCUUCCCAUAUUUAUUCCAUCAGGCGACUUUUAUGGAAGAUGUUCGAAUGGGAACCAUUCCUCUCAUUCUCCUGUAUGGGGUGAUCGGCCUCUCCGCCCGGUUUUCGCAGCAUGCUAUUCUUAGAGAAAUCAACCCUUGGGAUCGGGGAGGACCCUAUGCAAAAGAGGCUGAGCGCUUACUCGAUCUUCACAAUUUAUCCCUGACGACUAUCCAAGCCUGCAUGUUGCUGGCCCUGAAUUUUGCCAUCGAAGGGGAAUCUGAAACGGAGUGUAUUUACUUUGCCAUUGCUUCACGGAUGGGAAUGAUCUUAGACCUCCCAAACGCGGCGGGGAAGACUCCUUACGAAUUGGAACUCAACCGGAGAGUCUGGUGGUCUAUCGUGACUACCGACACGUGGAGCUCAGCUAACCUCUGUCUUCCACGAGCUAUUAAGCUGCAAGACGACAUCCUAUUACCUGUGGACGAAGUGACAUUCGCUCGGAUGAGCCCUAAAACACCGUUUCCCAUCGACCCUUACGAUGGCCGACAGUCGAGCCCAACACCGGAACCUUCGUUGUCGGCGCUGGCUCACCUGGCUCAACUAAAUAAGCUCCUCUACGAGAUUUACCGACUAAAUGCCACCAUCAUUGAUGAGAACUUGGGCAUAGCUGCGGCGGAGGAAAAGGGCUUCGGGCAUAUCUUCUCCACAAUUCACAUCAACUACAACCAUGCUGCCCAGCUCCUCUUCUAUCAAUUUCUGUAUGCGAGUCAAGUUGCUAGUGAGGGUUGCUCGCUCGGUCCCGCAGAGGCCUACGCCAGGAGGUGCAAGCAGCAUGCUGCCGCUCUGUGCGAUCAGGUCUACAACGCGAGGGAGGAAUACGGGGUCGAUAUACGAUAUAGUAUCAUUAGUCACAUACUAGUCAUGGCAUCGACGGUCCAGAUCCACAGCCUGCUGUUUAGCCUGGAUGACGACGAAAUUGCACUUGCCAAGGUUCGUCUGGAGCGGAACUUCGAGACAAUCACACGCCUGCACACGUACUGGCCGAACGUGUCAGCGUCAUUUAGCCGACUUCGAGCCUUCCAUCGGGCCUGUUUAAAAAGCAUGCACACGUCCUUCCGUCUGGACCGAUGGAUGCUAAGGUUUAUGCUGGAGUUUUCUCGGUCGAUAGAGGACAAAGACGAGGAAACGGUGGCCUGUUCGGAAGAUUCCAAGCCGUUCGACCAGCUAAGAUAUCUCCUUGAGCGAUAA